UGGGGGCGUUCUCCUUUAGUAUUUUAUUCCCAUCGCCCCAGCUCCAAUAGCCAUACCCUCAACCCUUCCACAUCGCAGCCAUGGCACCACUUUCCCCUACUACCCACCUCCUCUACACCCGCGCCGACACCAACUGCCCCAACACAAUCUCCGGAGGCGGCAUCGCCGGCAUCGUGUUAGGAACAAUAGCCGGCACAUUAUUAAUUCUAUGGCUAUUCCGACUCUGCGCGGUGGAUGCAGGCGGGGAUUCAGAUUACGGGGAUACGAAUCUGGCCACCACGACGCGGACGAGACGGCGCAGACGACGAAGUCCGACGUUUUAUUAUGUGGAGAAGCCGAGGGGGGAGGUUAGGAGGCCGGCGAAGGUUUAUUUGAGUUGAUGGGGG